AUGUCCAAGUCGUCGCUCUCGUCUGUAGUCUCGAACUUGGUUCGUGCCUCGAUGGGCGCGUCAGUACCGGCGUCCGUGCCAGACGAAGACCUCGAUAGGCACGUCGCAGAACUCAUUCUCAAGGAGGCCAAACAAAAAGCAGAGAGUUACACAAAAUUGGGUGUGGAGGCGUAUCUCCCUACUGGGCCAGACGCGAAUGCUCCACGUGCUAACAAGCGGUUUCUCUCUUCUAUAAUCCGACGUACUGAUGACCACAACAAGACUAUACUUCGUGAACAAGCCCUCGCUGCUCAGGAGAUCAAACGUGCAAGAGAGGAGGAAGAGAGACGGGAGAGAAGGGCUCGUGCAGAGGAGGCUGCUGCGGCUGAGCGUUCGAGACGACGGAGUGGGCGAAGAGAUUCAAAUAGUUGGGGAUGGGAUGGGAGAAAGGACAAGGAGAGGCGUAGCAUAAAGGACUGGAGUUCUGACUGGAGGAAGCAGGACGUUGGGGAGUCCGAGGAUGAGCAUGCGCGCGGCCGCCACGAGCGGCGUCGACGGCGCCGACGCGAAGACGACGAUUCCGAGGAUGAAUAUAGGCGCGAAAGGGUUGAGGGACGGCGGAGCCGAAGACGGAGAGAUGACGAUGAGAAUGACGGGAUGGAUGAGCACGGUCGGGACGAGGGGCCUCGGAGGCGCCGACAUCGCUCCCGCUCCCCUUCCGGUGAGCGUGACAAGGAUCGGAGACACAGGGACUCGAGAGAUGAGGGCUCCCACCGCAGCGAAGAGAAUAGCAGGAAACAUAGACACCAUGAUGACAGGGAACGCGAGCAUCGUCGUCAGCGACGGCAGAAAUCAAGUCACUCACGUUCGCCUUCACCCGCCAGUUCUCCAGCACUUUUGGAUAGCAAAACUUCUUCGAUACGCGCUCAAAGUCCAUCACCAAAGCUUCCACCGCAAGUGCCUCUCAGCAAGCAUAAGGAGAUAGAGCCGACUAAUUGUUUCGUUCCUGAUCCAUCAUCAUCGCCAUUGCCACCUCCACAACCAUCCCCGCCUCCACGUCGAAAACGCGGGCUUCCGUCCGCCUCUACGUCCGUCCGUUCACCAUCUGUUUCACCCCCUCCACUUCCGCCAACAGCUCUUCCGUCCAAAAUGGAUAAAUAUUUUGAAGAUUCUUAUGAUCCCCGUCUCGAUGUUUCCUCACUCGCCAUUCCGUCAGUUCCGAAGACCGGACUCAUAGAUGACACAGACUACGCUGGCUGGGAUGCGAUGCUCGAAUUUCUGCGGCAGCGUCGACAGGACAAAGAAGAGAAGAAACGGCUAGAGAAACUCGGAUUCCCAUCGCGCGAGAUAAAACCGGAACAGCUAAAAAAGAGGAAGCCUGGCGAGGCUGGUAGUGGCGACGGCAUUAUGAACAUCGAGUACAAUAAGCGGGGUAGCGUAAGAGAGUGGGAUUUGGGCAAAGAAGGGGUGUAA